AAAGAUGGCCAGAAAGAUCCUCACAAAUACCAGGGAGAGAUGGAGGCAGCAAAAUGUCAACAAUGCCUUUGCCAGGCUGAGGAAGCUCAUCCCCACUCACCCCCCAGAUAAAAAGCUGAGCAAGAAUGAAACCCUGCGACUAGCAAUGAGGUACAUCAACUUCCUGGCCAGCGUCCUGGGGGAGCAAGGUCUGCCGCAGACAGGAAUGGCCCCUCCUGGAAGCGUCUUGGGACUAUUCCAGCAAGUGCCCUGCUUGCCAACCCCAGAGGACAUGACUCCCCUCGGAGACUCUAGGGUUCCCUCCCCUGAGCCAGACAGCCACCUCCCAGAGUACUGGCCAGAACCUUCAGUUACAGAACACUGAGCAGGGAGAAGUCUUCUGGAUUUUCUUACCUCCCACUCCCAACCACACCACUCCCCAAAGCAACCUACUGCUCAAGGGCCUUAUUUUGCUCCAUAGUUUGUUUUGUGAAUAAAGUAUAAGAUAUGAUGCUACACAGGCACAGUAUUUGUUGAUACCCUUGAUUAUGUAAAUCUAGUUACCGUUUUUGUAAGAG